AUGUCGGGCCGCGGCAAGGGAGGCAAGGGGCUGGGCAAGGGCGGCGCCAAGCGCCACCGCAAGGUGCUCCGCGACAACAUCCAGGGCAUCACCAAGCCGGCCAUCCGCCGCCUGGCCCGCCGCGGCGGCGUCAAGCGCAUCUCCGGUCUGAUAUACGAGGAGACGCGGGGCGUGCUGAAGGUGUUCCUCGAGAACGUCAUCAGGGACGCGGUCACCUACACCGAGCACGCCAAGCGGAAGACCGUCACCGCCAUGGACGUCGUCUACGCCCUCAAGCGCCAGGGACGCACCCUCUACGGCUUCGGCGGCUAGAUCCCCCUCGUCUUCGUCCGCUGCCGCCUGCUCCAGAUCCCAGUUCCUUCUGUCCGCCGGUGCUUGCGAGUCUCGCGGUCAAGAAA